GCCAUUAAUACCCGUCCUGUUUGGAUCAGAAAAAAGGCCAGUUGGGAUUUGCAUACAGCAAGCGCACAGUAUUCAGACUGGACAUGCAAGUAAAUCGGGGCUGCCCUGAGGCCCUUUUUUUGUUUUGUCCGCUAUCCGUGGUGCUGAAAGUUAAAAGGGCUGCCCGCGGCCAUGGAGGACGCUGCAGAUCACCCCUGUGAAAGCUCUGGAAGAACAGUUUAAAGUUCUGACCAACAUGCAGAUUAGAAUCUGGCUUCUGACUCACAAUAACUGUUGCUCACAGGGGGGAGCCUUCAGAAAGUGCAAGCGCAAAUGUGAGAGUUUUAUGAGCAGUUUCUGCUUUUAGAAAUAAGUCCCACGCGUUAAACGUGAACGGGAAGACGCUGCUUUAGUUCUCCCGUGUCCUCCCCCCACUGGCUUCCUUCAUUUGUAGACACAACAGUCUGAGUUUGUUACCUCCGUGUCUGACGAGGCGCGAACACCGAAGGAACGUUCACCCUCCUCCUUUCUCCUCUUCUUCCUCCUCCUCCUCCUCCUCUUCUUCCUCCUCGUCGUCGUGCUGCCGCAGCAGCAGCCAACGCGAGCCAUUAAUGCUGUUGUGACACCGAGGACCAGAUUCCAGCGAAUCCCUGUAAACACCAAUUCACAUUUAUACAGAUACCGUUGAGCCAUUUGGACACAAGCUCUUCACCAAGCACAAUGAAAGGCUACCUGCUCACUGCAAUUUUAUUCCUGCCCUUGGUGGCCUCAGAGUCCGAGCACUGUCUAGUAAAGCGUGAACAUGAGAAAUGCAUGGACAUGAUGGCAAUGCACAACCCAGAUGGCAUUGAAUUCGUGUGUCCGUGGAUGUGGGACAACUUUACCUGCUGGCAGGCUGCCGACGUUGGCGAUGUUGUGACGGUCAACUGUCCAGAGCUCUUUCAUGAUAUCAUGAGCCCUGAAGAUGAAAUUGGGAAGGUCAAUCGCAACUGUACAGAGUAUGGCUGGUCUGAGCCUUAUCCUCACUAUGUGGACAUCUGCUUUCUUUAUGACAACACCACCAACCCUGGCAUGUAUUAUGCAUCAGUCAAAGCCCUGUAUACAGUCGGGUACAGCACAUCGCUGGUCUCUCUAACCACCGCCAUGGUCAUUCUCUGCAGAUUCAGGAAGCUGCACUGCACCAGAAACUUCAUUCACAUGAACCUGUUUGUGUCCUUCAUUCUGAGAGCCAUCUCCGUCUUCAUCAAGGACGGUGUGCUGUAUGCUCAAGAAGACAGCGACCACUGCUUUGUGCAUAUAGUGGCAUGUAAAGCAGUGAUGAUUUUCUUCCAUUACUGUGUCAUGUCCAACUAUUUCUGGCUGUUCAUCGAGGGCCUGUAUCUCUUUACUCUGUUGGUUGAGACCUUCUUCCCUGAGAGACGCUAUUUCUACUGGUACACCAUUGUGGGGUGGGGAACUCCCACUAUUUGUGUGACUGUCUGGGCUGUUCUGAGGCUCCAUUUCAACGACACAGGAUGCUGGGAUACAAAUGAGCACACUGCCCUCUGGUGGGUAAUUAAAGGACCCGUUGUGGCUUCAAUAAUGAUAAAUUUUGUCCUCUUCAUUGGAAUCAUCAUCAUCUUGGUGCAAAAGCUGCAGUCCCCUGAUAUCGGAGGAAAUGAGUCCAGCAUUUAUCUCAGCUGUGCUCAGAAAUGCUUCAGUGAGCCCACACAGGCUGUUCAGCAUUCGUGCAGGAUGUCAGAGUUAUCCACCAUCACACUGCGUCUGGCACGCUCCACUCUCCUUCUCAUCCCCCUGUUUGGUAUUCACUACACUGUAUUCGCCUUCUCGCCUGAGGAUGUCAGCAAGAGGGAGAGGUUGGUCUUUGAGCUGGGCCUUGGAUCUUUCCAGGGGUUUGUGGUAGCUGUUCUCUACUGUUUCCUCAAUGGAGAGUUUCUCCCUGAAGGUGCAGUCAGAGAUCAAGAGGAAAUGGCGCAGCUGGACGGUGAAUCGGUACUUUGCUGUGGACCUGAAGCAGCAGAGGCACCCUUCGUUAGCCAGCAGUGGGGUGAACGGUGGGACUCAGCUGUCGAUCCUCAGCAAGAGCAGCUCGCAGAUACGCAUGUCCAGCCCGCUGGCGGAGAACGCCAACAUCAGCCUGCCGACCUGAGUGUCUGAUUGUCCAGAGUCGACUUCAAGGUGCCGUUCCACUUACAUUAGACCAAUCAGAGCAGACCAAAGUGACCCCUUGCAACUCUUAUAUUUUCUACUUUAUAAAAAGGAAAAGCAUUUUACUAGAGAUGUACAGUUUUAUUUGGGUAUACAAUAAAAUUGAAAUAUUUAUUUAGCAGGGACUGGAGGUGGUAAUGUUUUAUAAUUAUCGGAGUACCUUAUCAUUUUAGGUAAAUCAAAUUCGAUUUAAAUUCUCAAUAAGCAAAAGAUUCUAAGAAUUGUAAACAAAUGAAGACUGUGCCAUAAGAAAGACAAAAAUGUUAUGAAAUGUAUUGGAAAGGUGAUACUUUUAAUGUUAAAUGUUUGGGGGUCAUGUUUGAUCUGUUUGUGUAAACUAAAUGUGCUUCAAAGUGCCAUACAGUUCACCUGACUGGAUAUCACUACAGUCCAAAGUAAAAAAAAAAAUAAAAAAAAAGCUCGCCUUGCUUGUACAAAACGCUCAACAUUUAUAUUUAAAUGUUUCAUCUUGAAUUUAAACAAGUUUCUACAAUCAGCCGUAAGUACAGAGUAUGUCAAAAUACAGACACACUCACAUAUAUAAAUAUGUAUAUGUGAGUGUGUAUUUAAAAAACACUCAUGAGUUGUGUAAAUAGUUACUUUUACUGUCUAGAUUAGAUCUCUUUAGCAUAACAGUGAAUUGUAUAGACCUUUUCAAACAAAAGGAACUGGAGCCCAAAUCUGUAGACUCUAUCAUGUAAGCAGUGGACCCAGUGGAUCAUGGUCUCUCUAGUCUGGUGUUUUCCUGCAUAAGAAAUAAGAAAGGUAAACAUGUAAUUUAAAAGCUAGGUAAAUAACUGUAGAGCAGUAAUUGCCAACUUUUUUUCCUAUAAAAUGCAGCAUCAUGUUCAGGCUUAAAACCUUACAGUACCUAAAGUUAAACGAUAAAACUUGUUGCUUUGUUUUGCCCCCCUGGGGGUGUGGUCAGUUUGGACACUUUAUACUUUUGCAGUUUUGGUCGUUUCUUACCCGACUUUUUAAGGUACAAAAUGGUGCCGUCAGGACAUUGUGUACUGGACAUGCGACAGAGGAAUGUUUUCUGCUUUCACUAAGGAAAUGUGGAUAUAUGACUCAAUAACUAAUAUGUACCAACAUGAUGUCGAUUAGAGUUAUUUUGGUUUGAUCAGUGUCCACUGAUGCACAAUUGUUAAAAUACAUGGGUAUGACAUUUGAAAUGGUACUGCAUAGGCAUAAAUAAGCAAAGGGGGCGAAGUGGGCUGCUCAACAGUAGCUGGUUUUCAUCAUCACAAAUUUAAACAUGUGAACAUGAACAGUCUGUGCCAGUGUUUCCCUAAAGUUCUUUAUCUUGCCAUAAUUUCAUGCGAGCUGUAUUUUAUCAUAGUCACUCUGUGCACAUCUAUUGAGCUUAAGCCGCCUGAUGUGCCAUCUUUAGACAGCUCAUUUUGCAAUUUGAUUAGACACCUCGUAUUCCAAAGUGCCUACUCAUACAAAUAGCUAUCACUUUAAAUAUCAAUAAACACAUGAUUUAUUGGAGUCACUUUCUGCAAAGAAUACAUAGAGCGGUCUGUUUUAUUAUGGGUAGCACGCUUUUUGACAAUGUGUCUCUUUUGUAAUUAAAUAAUUUGCAAUUUAUUGUAAGAGUUUAGCCUUUUUUCUUAUCAAAUGUGAUGAAAUGACCUUUAAUGAGCUUAAGUGAUGUGUUUUAUUGCACCUACUGUAAACUCUAAAUUGGCACUUCAUUACUGAACACAUGGCUUUAAAGUAGAACCGUUAAUGUUGUCAGUGAUCAAAAAAGGCUUUAAUUUAUCCGCUACUGACAAUCUCAUUUGAGUGUUGCUCUGUCAUUUUUUUGUGAUCAAACCAGCUAUAAAAUUAUUAAUGUACACAUGUUCAAUUAAAAUGUGAAAGGAUGUACAUAGAAGGAGUUUUCCAUAUUUUUUUUUUCUUCUACAAGUGGAUUUUAAGAUUGUUUCUUUCAAUAAUUUAUGCUACUGUGGAACAGAUAUGGAUGUAUAUUUAUUUUUCAAUUAUCACGUGCAAUGUAACAUAUCGACUUGUAUAGUAUACAAAGCUUUUUUGUCUGUAAUGUAGAUAUCUGAUUUUAUUACACUAACUGAUGAGGACUUGGUCAAAGUGCCAUAAAGAUAGUGAUCGUGAGAUUUGUGGCACAACAUUUUAUUCCUUCUGACUACAUCGAGAAAAACACUUUUCAUCUAAAGUAUAAAAAAGAUGAAGGUAGAAUUGCAUCUGCUUUUGAAUGAUGGUAUUAAGUUUCUGUAUGGAAAUCUAAAUAUGUAUAUAAACAGGAAAGGUUUGACCACUGCAACAGUUUGUAUGAUGGUGUUUAAAAACCACUCUGCUGCUUAUGUGUUUCUGUCACCAGCAUUCUGAGUCUGAACUUCAGAAAGAAACGACCAUGUUUUAAUGCUGUUACUGUCUGUGAAAAAAAAGAAGAGCUGAAAACUCCUCACGACCAUAUUUGUGCUGUGUAUUUGUCUAACACUAGAUGGAAGCAAAACUUUGUGAUAGAAGAGAGAACAGAAGAGGACGCCUUUUAUUGAUUUAUAUAGUAGGCUUUUUAUUUUCAAUUUGAAGGACAAAUGUGAGAAGAAAGAAAGAGGAAAUAAUAUUUGUAUCAUUAAAAGAAUUCCUUAUUUUAAAUUUUACAUGAAUUACCAGACAAGCCAUGUGAACUGUAUCUGAGCUUAAACAUCAACGUUGAUUGUACUCUUUAGAACUACAUUAAGAAUUAGCACUGCAAAGGCUAAUCCUUACUUUGACUAAAAUCAUCCAUAUUCAUUUCAAUUGCCUCAAAAUAUGAUCAACUUAAGCCACAGGUACAGGACAUCUCUGUCUCUAAAUCAGGACUUGCAGUUAAGAUUAAGAAUUAUUUUGUGUUCUUUAUGGGCUGCUUUUCCGUCUUAGUUUGAGACUUGUUUUGUUAUAACAAAAAUAUAUAUAUUUUAAUGUUGCUGAUUUUUUAAAAUGUGGGUAAUUUGACAAAAAGCAGGAAUGAAAUCUGACAAGUUUAUAUCAUGAUUAUACUAAAUUGUGCAUGAUAUCGCACAACAUUUAGGGGACAUUUUGCCUUUGACAUACUUUAAUGACAUUCCAUUAGAAGUAGUUGGCAAUUACUUCAAAAGGUUUUACCAAUGUAUUAAUUAUCUGCACUGAGUUAAAUGAGCUUACUAAUUCCUUUUUAGUUUCAGAUGUAAAAUAUGUAGACAUCAAUAGGUUAACUCAGUGUUGAUUUGUCCAAAAAGAAACACAUACAUUUAUUUCCACAUUAAACUUUAAAAGCCUCUAGAAAGGCACCUUUUUCCAUCUCCAUGUGUUUUGUGAAAGAGCCGAUACAAUGAGGGGAGUUGAGGUCAGCCCGACUGCGUUACACCCCUGACUAACAAAGUGAGUGAGUCCAACAUCAGCUGACCUGUGUAAAGGCAAGGGGGUCAAGGAAGUAAGAUUUAAAAAUAUAAAGAAGACUCAGAAAUCUGUACUCUGUUAUAACUAGUAAAACUGGUAUGGCUAAAGACUUUAGCUACACACUAGCUAGUAAGGCUAUACUAGCUAGAAUAGUAAGUAGCAUAGCAAUUGCUACACUAAGCUAGAAUAGAAAUGCUAGUAUAUCUAUAGCUAGUACUGUAGCUAUACUGAUAGUAUAGCCAUACUUGCUGGAGUAUAGGUGCAGCUUUUAGCUAUACUGGCUAUACAAACCUAGUCUAGCAUACUAUAACUAUAGCUAUACUAAAAUAUAAUUAGCAUAGCUAUAUUAGUCGUUAGGUUGUGGAUAUGUGAUUAAAUUUAAAGCAACUUGGGUACACCUUACAGCUUUUGCAAAAUUUCCACUUAUGAUGUCAUUAAUGUUAUAAUUCAGAGUGGAUCAUACUCACAGUGUUUAGAUGAUUUAACACAAAUGCUACCCAUCCUGAUUCAAACAAAACUCGAGUCUUGUGUGCCAUAAACAUCUAAUUCAGCAUUAUUCAGAGGCAUGAGUGUUAAAGCUGAAAUCAACAUAUCAGCCAAUUAUCUUCUUUAAAAAGCUAAUCAGUUUUGUUUUUUUUAUGUGGCUGGUAGCUUAAAAACACUGAUUUCACAUUUCUGCCAUUGCAAUUUUAGCAACAGAACACAAUCUGAUUCUCACAAAAUAUUGAUGAAUGACUGUAAUUGCAAAGAUUUCAAAACUCUUGUUUGAACUGUAUUCUGUGAUGCAUCUCUGUGUUAACAUGCAGUUUAUUCAACUGUUGUGGCUUGCUGAGCAAGUUUGGUCAAGUCAAGUGUGUGUGUGUGUGAAUUUUAUUGAUUGUCAAUGAAUUUUUGAAUUAUUGCUUCUCAGCUGCUCUUAGAUGUUCUCUGCUAUCAAUUUGCUCUGGUGUACAAAUGAUGUCUUUUCUCUAUCAUAAAUAGUGUAUAUUUUUGCCAUACAGGUGGAUUUCUUGACUAAAAUCUACAAUGUUUGUGGCAGUGUUUUUGUAAAGUUGUUUAUGGUCCAGUUUUAAGAGUGUAUGUGAAUGAUUGAAAAUUGGCGAGAAUGCACUCUGUAUGCAUGUAUAUGUUCUGACAAGCAUUCAAAAGAAUAUAAACACAGAUGUUAAAUAACAAUGUAUAAAUUUUCAUCUAACUUGUGUUCAACUUGUAAUAUUGAGUCAUGUAUAAGUGUUCUGAUGUCAAACAUCCACGUCUACUCGUGUUAACUAACUGCAAAAUAAAUCUAUGGUAUGUUGUA